CUCACUUACGUAUUAAUUCUGCUUUGUUGGAAAACUCUUUCAUUCCCGAUCUUAUUUUGGCGCCGUCGCUUGCAAAGCCACUCUUUUUAUCUGUAUUUACAUCCUGAACAUCAUAAUCAUGGCUGGAGGUAAAGCUGGCAAGGAUUCUAAACCAAAAACCAAAUCAACGUCACGAUCUGCACGAGCUGGCUUACAAUUUCCAGUUGGUCGUAUCCACAGAUAUUUGAAGUCAAGAUCAACAAAUAAAGGACGUGUUGGCGCCACUGCUGCUGUAUAUAGUGCUGCCAUACUGGAGUACCUUACUGCAGAAGUUCUUGAGUUAGCUGGUAAUGCUUCAAAAGAUUUAAAAGUUAAACGUAUUUCCCCAAGGCAUUUACAACUUGCAAUUCGAGGAGAUGAAGAGUUGGAUUUAUUAAUUAAGGCUACUAUUGCAGGAGGAGGUGUCAUCCCACAUAUUCACAAGAGUUUAAUUGGCAAAAAAGGUGCAAAGCCAACUUAGUGAAGUUUUUAAGGAAAGUUUUUAGUUUAACAUGAAAUCUUAUUUAUUUUGUAUAUUUUAAAACAACCCAGUUUUCUAGUCGUGCCAGAGUUUAGCAACCUGAACAAUCAAGAUGCUUUCUACUAACUUUAUAACUACCUCAAAAUUCAUUAACCCUUUCAAUCCGUUAUUUCGCUGAACUAAGUUUGUCCAUGUACCAUAUUUUACAAACGUCCCACCUUCUGUAUUUUUAAAUGUACAAUUUAUCAGUGUGGCGUUUAGUUUUUAUUUGGUAUCAAAAAGUAAUUUAUCCAAUUAACCUGUAAAUAUUAUGGAUAGUAUAAAUUUGUAUACACUAAAGAA